UUUCGUGCGGUACCGUCGUACCGAGCAGGACAAAGCUUUCCGCACAAAACCCCCAAACCCCACAAGCGGCGCAUUCCCCACGCAGGCACGUAUCGCACGCCACACAUCCAACCCAUCCCCAUCGCAAUCCACGCGCCCGGACCCGAGCAGCCAUGGCGAAAGGAGGAGGCCAGCGCGAGGGCGGCGCCCUGAAGACGGCCGUCGUCGUCACCGGCGGCCUCGUCCUUGCCUGGUUAACCGUCGAGACCGCCUUCAAGCCCUUCCUCGACCGCCUCCGCGCCGCCGUCUCCCGCUCCACCAACCCCUCCCGCGACCCGGAUGAGGACCCCGCCGCCGCCGUCCCUGACGAGGACAAGGGGCCUGCGUCUGCCACCACCGACGUUGGCGAGGAAAAGGAGCCCGCCUUCGCCACAGCCGAGCCGUCCGCGCCGCCGCUCCCGGCAGAAGAGGAUGAGAGCGAGAGAAAGGGAGAGGGCAAGGAGGUCGAACUGGGGGAGAAGGAGGAAGGUGUCGUUGCCGCUAAGGCCCAGUGAAGGGGGGACCUGUCUAUUUUGGUUCCGCUUCUGAAUAGUAUCCUGUAAACCUGUUCUGUGCUUUUGGGGCUUGUGGUGGAUGCAAUGUUUGAACUCUAUUAUUAGUGUAUUGCAUCUUUAGUUCUCAUCUCAGCUUACUUAUGUUGGUGGGGUUAGUUUGUAACAUUUACAUUUACUACACUAUGCGAUGCUAUAUAUCUGUGUGGAUGGUUUAGCUCCCUAUA